CAAUCUCUGACAUAGUUCUGUGAAAGUUGUAUUGAAAAUGAUGUCUGAAACGUUCAAUCAUAAGUUAUUUUACAACACAGUAUUGUCGCAAACAUUUUCUCCGGAUGGAAAUUAUUUGGUAGCUGGAAAUAUUUACGGGGAUGUAUCAGUUUUUGUAUUAUCGAAAGCUUUAGGGCCACACAAGGUGGAGGAAAAUGAGUUACAAGGGCCUAAUUACCAAUUUACUGCUCAUCCUGAUCAACAAGUAAUGAGUAUGGUUUCUACAGAUAACUUUCUAAUAACUGGAACAUCUGGAGAAAUAUGCGGAUGGAAUUGGAAAAUGGUUACUUCAAGUAAAGCUCCCAAGAUUAAAGUUUCAUGGACAGUUCAGCUCCCUGUUAAUAAGGAUAGUUAUGAAAAACCAGAUGCGAACUACCUGGUAUUCUCCAAAACAAAUAAUAUCUUGUAUGCUGGUUGUGGUGACAAUAAUAUUUAUGUCAUUAGUUUGGAAGAUGGGAAAGUGAUAAGGAGUUUAGAGGGGCAUACAGACUAUAUUCACUGUCUUUCCUUAAUGGGUAACCAAUUAGCAUCCAGUGGAGAAGAUGGUACAGUGAGACUAUGGGACUUGCGUAAAAAAGAAAAUACUAACAUAUUAACACCACACUUAGUAGAAAAAGUUGCACGAUCAUGGUUGGGUAAAUGGAUUGGUGCUGUAGACUUCACGGAAGACUGGCUAUUAUGUGGCGGUGGUCCAAGUUUGUCAUUGUGGCACAUGCGUACUAUGGAAGCAGCCACUGUGUUUGAUUUACCGGAUGAAGGAAUUCAUGUGGCGAGUAUUUACGAAGAGCGUGUGAUAGCCGCUGGGACAGCGCCUCACGUCUAUCAUCUGACAUAUCAAGGAGAAACGUUAGCCAAAGUGCCUACAUCCAGCAAUACAGUGUAUAGUAUUAUUUAUCAAGAGACACCGCAGAAGGUGCUCAGUGUAGCUGGUUCUUCGAACGAUCUCGACGUGUGUACAAACUUUAACUACCGCGAGUUACGGUUAAAAUUUGCAUAACUAAGACGUUUUUUAUACGGAAUCCAAAUUCCAUCCUUCCAAAUAAUCUGCAGAAGAAAAGGGUCUUCUCACGUAUAUACGUUCUUUAAUAAAUAUAUUAAUACAAUGUGCAUUUUAUAAAACAUGAUAUAAAAUUUUUUUACAAAUA